UAUAUCACAAUAUUGUCUUUGGUUUAAAUGUGAAUCUACCCAUAGUAUUAUAUAUUACUCUGUUCUCUCCUCCGGAUUCUAUUCCCAUUUGGUUUGUGUUGCUUCGCUUUCCUCAUUCCCAUCAUCAUCUCCUCCUCUUCUCUCUGCCUUGAUAAAGUGUUUCCAGCAUCGGCUACAUUGCAGAAAGUGGUGAGAAUAUCCAAUUCUCAAGCGUCAACUGUAACUGAGGGCUAAGAUGCAGGGAGAAAGGGCUAGUAUCGGUUCUUUUUCAGAGGCCAAUGGUUCUUCAUCUACUAAUCCUCUGGUAGAUCAGCAGAUUCGUUGGGGGAAUCUUCAAAUUAUUGGUGAUAACGAUCUUCAGAGUUACAUGAAUACAGCUGCUGAUACAAAUACUAGUUUUGCAAACUCAGUGUAUCCUGAGCAAAGCAACUUGCACAGGUUUAGUCUUGGUGAGGCUAGCUCUAGUGGUGCAAAGAACGAAGCACCUACCAUCACUAAGCAAUGGAUGGCAAUUCGUCAUUUAGAGGAACUAAGAAACGACAAGGUCGAGUUAAACCCUUUGUUUAUGCAACCUCCUAGUGCAAACCAUAAUGAGGGUAUGAACCCGGUCACAGGUCAUCCUAGUCUUUUUCAGACUAAUGGGCCAGAGAACGGUGUUAGAGUUGGUUCAUCUGUAGAUGGGCAACGUAAAAGAAAAGCUCUUGAUGCCGGCAUUGGACAAUCCUCAUCAAAUGUAGGUUUCCGUGAGGUCAACCGUGGAGAGAGCAGUUCUUUGGUCUCGGCUUCUUCGUUUUAUAGCCCUACAAAAAAUGAUUUGAACAUGUCUCUUGACCAUGGGCCAAGAGGAUUGGUCCCUGUUGCAGUUCAAAACCUGUCUGCUCCUCCUGCUAUUCCAGAGAAAAACUUCUCUGGCAGGGUUAAUCCAGAAACUGUCUUUGCUGCUGGAACUGUUAUCAGAGAACCUAUUGCUCCAUCCUUGAGCGCACCAGGAGGACAUGUACCACCACUAGAGCAACAGCUCAUGGAAUUGAGAAAUAGACACGGUUUUGGCAAUUAUGCUUCUCUGAACCCAAAUGCUUCUGCUGCUAGUAUAGCCCCUCUUUCAAGAAAUAUGAUACCACCAUUCCAAUGGAGCGGAAGCCCAGUAGCAACAGCGGGUGGAUCUUCGAGUUCUGCUGUCCCUGUUGACAGAAAUGUGGUUCAUCCAGUUGAAGCCAGACAAAGAAGCAACAUGUUAGCACCUCCGGGUAUGAUAAAUCUGCCCCACGGUCAUGUAAGUGGUCCUGGACAGGUUGCACAGUCUCCAUCCAGGACAGGUGUUCAGCCAUCACCAGCAUUGACUCCUCACCAGAAUAACUCGGCACAUAAUCAAAGAAGAUUAUCGGAACAUUUGCGGAGGAGGUCGUUGCUUUCUUCCCUUGCUACAAACCAUAUAGCUGCUCGUUCUUCUGCCCCUCCUGCCUCUCUGGCUCAGCAUGUCCUUCAAUCUGGGGGAGGUACCACCUUUCAGCCGCAGAAUCGGGCUUACUCGAGAGCAGUACCUCAAUCUUUGCGGGGCUUAGCAUUCACAAGUCGAGGAAGAGGCAGACUCGCGGAGCUCCGCAAUGUCUUGGAACAGAUGCGUAGGACAGGGACCUUGCGUUUAGAGGAUGUUAUGCUUCUCAAUCAGUCGAUGCUAGGUGCAGCUGGUAUUCAUGACCGUUAUAGAGACAUGCGACUCGAUGUUGACAACAUGUCGUAUGAGGAGUUGUUGUCUCUAGGAGAGCGGAUUGGAGAUGUUUGUACCGGUCUGAAUGAGGAAACCAUAUCAAACCGAUUGAAGCAGCACAAAUACACUAGUGACACCAGAUGUCCACAAGAGAUAGAGCCAUGCUGUGUCUGUCAGGAGGAAUACAAUGAGGGAGAAGAACUGGGAAAGCUGGAAUGUGGGCAUGGCUUCCAUAGCCAAUGCAUUAAAGAAUGGCUGAAGCAAAAGAAUAUUUGUCCGAUAUGCAAAACGACAGGGUUAAACACUGUAGAGAAGCCAGGAAUAUUAUGAUGGAAAGACCUUGAGCUGUUCUAUACCAUUGCAACCUCACCAUAACACCCAAAGGCAAGUUUCGGUUAUGCGUUUUUGUGCAUUUGGUGUUCGAGUUUAAGGUUUGAUGAUUUGGAAGGUAGCGAGAAAAUAGGAAUCUAGAGAAGUAACUGGGGGAGUAUCUAAGAAAAACAAACUUAGGUUCUUCUGAAUUUGUUUGGAUGAUUUAGUUUUUUUUUCUUAUGAUUUACUCAUUGAAAAACCUAAAAGGUUUGUGAGCCAAUUCGGGAAGUUCGAUAGAUUUUAUGGGUGAUUGAGUUAUGUAAAUUAUGUCUUAUAUCCUAAAUGGAUCAUAUUAACAUAGCAAAAGCUAUGCAUAUUCUUUGA